AUGUUAUUUGGUGAAAGACAUUUGAACUCUUUUAUCUCUUACUGUCUUUGCAUCUCUCUGCUUCUUUCUUUUUUAGCGUUUUUUUUUUCACUUUAUUUUCGUUUUCUUUAUUUUUUCUUUCUUCUUUUUUUUCUCUUUUUCUUCCCUCCUAAUCUUUUAGUUAAAUUUUCUCUCUUUUAUUCCACUUCAUUCUCGAUUCUCUCAUUUUUGGUCUCGAUUUACAAAAACUUUUAUCUCACUCUUUCACAUGCUUCUAUUCAAUUUCUUCACUCCAUUCUUUCAUGUUCACUUGUUUUUAUCUAUCUAUCUAUCUAUCUCUCUAUCUAUCUAUCUAUCUAUAUCAGUUCAUUAUCUAUUUCAACAUGUUCACUAUCUAUGUAUCCAUCUAUCUCAACAUUUUUACUAUCUCUCUAUCUAUCUCAACAUGUUUACUAUCUAAACAUGUCAUCUAUCUAUCUCAACAUUUUUACUAUCUCUUUAUCUAUCUAUCUAUCUAUCUCAACAUCAUGUUCACUCUCUAUCUGUCUAUCUAUCUCAAUACAUUUAUUAUCUAUCUAUGCUAGCUAUUUCUCUCUCUCUCUCUCUCUCUCUCUUUGUUAUCCUUUUCUAUUUUUUCUUGAUAUUCUCUAUCUCUCUAUUUUUAUUAUGACCAUUUUCUACUCUUCUUUUUCUUGUCCUUUCUCUGUAUUUCUCCCCAGAUCCCCCUCUCUCUCUCUCUCUCUCUCUCUCUAUCUCUCUACCUUUAACCCACCUUUUCUUUCUAUACAUCACACUUUUACUUUUUGUUUCUUCUUUUAUACUUUUCUCUCCAGUUCUCUAUGGAACAUUCUUUCAUCCCCGCCCCCACACAUUCUUUUUUUUUUUCCCCCUCUCUUUUUCUCUCAGCAUUUUUUUUCUAACUUUCCAAAUCACAGCCAUUCUCUCUCUCUCUCUCUCUCUCUCUCUCUCUCUCUCUCCCUCUCUCUCUCUCUCUCUCACUUUUUCUCUGAUAUUGCAUUCUUUUUCCUCCUAUUCUCAAACUAA